CGCGAUAAGUCAUGGAAAAUAGAAGAUAAAAAUAAUAAUAAAAUGUGUCACUGGAAACUGUUCCAUGUUUAUUCCGUGAGAGUUAAUUGGACAUGCAUACAUAACGAAUACCUAUUAUUCGUAAUUUGGUAACCUCGUGAAUUGAUCAUAAGUGUUAAUAAUAAUUCGUUUCGCGGUAAACGCCUACGAAAUGAUAAUUGGGUGUUAAAUCGUGGAGCACGGUAUUUAAGAUUUAAACUGUUGCAAAAAAUGGUGUAACUAAAACCCGUUUUAAUUUCGAAUUAAAAUGUUUUAAAUAACGCCGCCUUUCGCGGUAUUUAAUCUGUCACUACAGAAUUCACAUGAUUGAAUAGUGUCGGUGAAUAAAUAAAUUGCAAACAUGGAUGUGGUUACUACAAGCCUCGAGGCUUUGCUACAAAGGGUUACCAAUCCGCAGAAUCAAUUCACAGAUGUUGCAGCUAUCGAGGCCUUCUGUGUUAUGCUAGGCAAAGAAGCUGAAGGUGCGCACAUCGCCAGCAAGUUAUUGGCAACGCACAUUCAGUCGCCUACAGAAUGGGAGGCUCUGCAGGCUCUUGCUCUAUUGGAUGCUUGCAUGAAGCGGUGUGGAUCAUCGUUUCAUGCAGAGGUUGGCAAAUUUCGGUUUCUCAAUGAAAUGAUCAAGCUUGUAUCGCCAAAAUAUUUAGGGAGCCGGACACCCGCCACUGUACAACAAAUGGUAUUAAAGCUUCUUUGUACUUGGACCAAACAGUACCCUGGCGAGGUCAAAAUCAAGGAAGCAUACGAUAUGCUUAAAAAGCAAGGCGUAGUGAAGGAGGAUAGCGCAGCGCUUUCAGCCGAUUCAGAAGACUCGAGUAAGUCUUCGAAAUCGAAGCACCCAAUAUUCGAAGAUGAUGAAAAGUCAAAGCUGUUGCAAAAAUUGUUACAGAGUAAAAAUCCUGAUGAUUUACUAGCAGCUAAUAGACUGAUCAAAACUAUGGUCAAAGAGGAUGAAAGAAGAGUGCAACAAAACUCACGUCGAAUCAUGGAGUUAGAAUCGGUUCACAACAAUGUGAGGUUAUUGUCUGAGAUGUUAGACUCAUUCAACAGGAGUCAAGCAAGUGUGGAUGAUCUCGAAUUAAUGAAAGAACUUUAUCAGGCUUGUGAACGGUUGAGGCCAAACGUCUUCAGAUUAGCUAAUGAAUCCCAAGAUAAUCAGGAAAUGCUUAACGAAGUGCUUGCUGCAAAUGAUGAGCUAGGUCAAGUCUUCGAUAAAUAUAUAGCUGUAAUUGUUCUCGGUCAACAACCAGGAAAAACGAAAAGCAAUGCCACCAAUGGAUCAUCGCUGUUAGAUCUUUCUGCUUCCAAUGAAUUAGAUCUAUCAGCACCGGUAACAUUACCGGUUGACAAAACAAAUGAAUCUGAUCCAAAGAAUUCUCAGACAGACUUGGAGAUGUUGGGUGACAUUUUUAGCUCACUAGAAGCAACUACAACAACAGCAACCACUCGAAAUACGCCUUUGUUAUUAUCAGAUGCUAACAUUAUGCAACCAGUCAGUAUUUCCCCUCUAGUCGUUAGAGCGCAAGACCGUACCAACACUGAGAAAGUAGAUAGCAAAUCUAAAGCACUUGAAGAUUUAGAUGCCCUAGGAGAGUCUCUACUAAAACAAAAUCUCACAUCAUUUUCUACUCCUCGUACUCAGUUUAACAAUAUCAGUAAACCAUCUGCAAAGGUGCCGAUGAAUAGUAUGGCAAAAUCUCCAGUUGAGCCAAACCUCAACGGUCCAUCGACCGUCAAUUUAAGAUCUGAGGAUUCUACUCUGGUUGAUCUCAUGAAAGGUGCCAGACUCAAACCAGAAUUGGAAAUGAAGGAUCAGUCUCACAGUAGCCUACAAGGAUUGCCAAAUGGUGAUGACUCACUGGUCGAUAUUAGUGACAACAUCACUGAACCAGUAAGUCUGGAAGUGAAACAUGCAGACUCUGUAACAAUAACGAAAGAGGUGAAAAUGACACCAGUUGCUACGGAACCAGAAAUAAAACCCUUGACUGAUAUUAAUGUUACACUCGAAACUAUCAAGCCAGGGACAAUUCCUCCACUAAUGGUGCUUGAUGAAAAAAAUGGAAUAUCGGUGGUUUUACAUUUUGCUAGAGAUAGCCCGCGACCUGACGUAUCAGUUAUUGUUGUUACGACGAUGAGCAAGAAUUCGAAUCCACUUACCAAUUACUUAUUCCAAGCUGUUGUUCCUAAGACGUGCAAAUGUAGACUUCAACCUCCUUCGGGAACAAACUUACCCGCACACAAUCCAUUCUUACCACCAUCAGCAAUAACGCAGAUCAUGCUCAUUGCAAAUCCAAACAAGAUUUCUGUCUCUUUGAAGUUCAUGCUCAGUUACACAAUGGAAGAUGAGACGGUGACCGAAAUGGGCGAGGUGGAUAAAUUACCAAUUGCAUAAGACUUACUUAAGAAAGGUUGAUUCUACUUGAAUCAGCUAAUUGGCCCUAAUUAGAGAGUGAAGUCUAACGGUAUGAAACUUACAGUAUAGAGACUUUGACCAAGGUCUAUGAAUUAAUAAUAGAUAAGUCUCGCAAAUCUUCAUACUCCUUGUUUGCUAUGCAUAACGGCGAAUUAUACAUAUUAUAUCUAGAAUCAGAGUAACUGCGGAUUCACAAUUGUGUACUAGAGAUCUUAAGUUACAAUUGUACAUUAAAAUUAAAACCGUGAUAUAUACAUGUGUAUAUGUAGUAUAUUAUAUAUCUAUUGAUAAUACUGUAAACCCUAUGGUUAUUAAUUGACUUACUGCUUGGUGGAAAUGAUAUAUUACGUUGCUGAUGUAAUAUCUUUUUU